AUGCCGCCAAGUCAAAGGACCCCACGAUACCAACGAUGCGCAAAGUCAUGCCCGGACACCAAGAUUGACCUUCAAUUCGUCAACGUCAAACCGGAUGAUCCGGAUCAGGGGAGACAAACACGAACGGUCAUUCGGGCAAAUGCUGCUCACUUUCAUUGGCGUCACAAUCGGCCUCCCAAGGACAAGGCCAAGACUAAGCAGACGAGACAUGGGGACGUCACUCAUCGUGAUAAGAGGAUUCCAAGUCCCUUAUCGCCGAUGAGCAGCACUCAACUUGCAGCUGAUAUUGAUCCUUUCUCGUCGUAUAAUUGUAACCUCCCACGGGCGUUGGUCAAUCAUUGCAUCGCAUUUAAUGCCCAAUUCAUUCUUCCCGCAAUAUUCCCUGAUGGAGCCAACAAUUUCAACGCCAGAGCAAGCCUGAUACAAAUGUCAACCUCGAACUCCAGUGUCUUGCACAUGUUCAUCACGGGAGCUUUGAUCAAUUCGCAAAGAAUCCGAGGGGCCACCCCUUCUAACCGCAUUGCACUCGACAUGUUACAGUCUCGCGCCGAAAUUGUACGGGAUUUGAAUAUCGCCAUACAAGAUCCCGUGGAAGCCUGCAAGGACAUUAAUAUUUUCGCUGUUGCUGCAUUGGCAAAGAACGAGACGGUCCAAAGAGCGGAAGAAAUGCCGUUAAAGACGCCAAAGCAAGGUCCUCUAAAAAGUCUGCAGUUGUUGAACGUAUUGGCAUUAUCCGAGGUUGACCCAAUUCACUAUGAAGGACUGUCGAAAUUAAUCGAGCUGAAAGGAGGGUUAGAAAAGAUUGAGAUUCUAGGACUCGCUGCUCUCAUCUCACUAGGAGGAGUUAUAUUCGCAACCCGAAAGUGCACUUCACCGCGUUUCCCAGUGGUGACGCUAUCGGACCCGACGAGAGAAUUUAUACUCGACAAUCAAGGAACGUGCUUCGACACAGACAAUGAUCUUUAUACAGUAAUAUCAAUGCUUCAAAGCUACACUACCACGAUAGACGAUUUCUGCGAGGGCCGAAAAGUCGUGACAGCUUCUGUACUACUCGACCACAGAAAUACGACGCAGCAUGCUUUGCUGUCACUCCCACCGAGGGCAGGCAGAUCCGAGUGCUACAGGCUUGCAGCUCUGAUUUAUAGUCUACUGGUGACGUUUCCGCUGCCGUAUCGUGUUGCGCCGUUCAAAUGCCUGGUAAUGCGAUUGAAGAUGACACUAGCAGAGUGGGAUGGCGAUGACGAUGAUAUGCUGCUUUGGGUUCUCGCAAUGGGGGGUAUUGGAGCAACGGGACUGGAGGAAAGGGCGUGGUUUGUGAGGAAAUUUCAGAAUGCAUCGACAAGGAUAGGAGUGGGUUCAUGGGUUGAAGCAAGGGAUAUAAUAAAGAGGGGACUGUGGCAUGAAGCCACGAAUGAUGGAGAUGGUCAAGAUCUUUGGCUUGAGAGCAUAAUAGUUGAUUGA